AUGAGCUGUAGCAGUGUUGCAGGAUCAGAGUUCUCUGAGGAAGAGCUGGAACUUGGCAUGCUGGGCCAGGAGGAGGACGAGGGAAGUCCCAAGGCAUCUUUCCAAGACAGUGAGAGCUCAAGCAGCAGCCCAAGUGACCCAGAGGAAGGCCAGACCAAGAAGCGCAAUCGACCCGUCCGCUCAAAAGCUCGAAGAAUGGCUGCCAAUGUCCGCGAGCGAAAACGCAUCAUGGACUACAACCAGGCCUUCAAUGCCCUACGUGUUGCUCUGAACCACGACCUCAGCGGCAAAAGGCUCUCCAAGAUUGCCACACUGCAGAGGGCCAUCAACCGCAUCUCCGCUCUCUCAGUGUUCCUGAGCUCCAACCCCCCCAGCAAGUCCUGCACCCAUCGGGAGUGCAACAGGUCAUCUGUGGGGCCAGCUGCGAUGGGAGCAUCUCGACUCGAGCAGACCAGGGUAACGGUUCCUUGUCCGGCGCAUCAGAGUUACGUCCCCUGGCACACAUCUAUUUCUCACCAGAUGCAGCCACAACAAGGGCCUCACAUGCACAGGCUGCCCGCGGAGCCACACAUCUACAUGGAUAACACUAUGUCGUCAUGUCCCCCGUCGCCACACUACCCUUGUUAUCCCACUGAGGGACAGCUUUAUGCCUCACAUGGACACUGCGGCAGCCCCCACGACCUUCCUCCCAGUCCUCUGCGAUAUCCUCAGGUGGGUGAGGGGUUGGGGUACCAGCCCGGGGUGUGGGCCUCCUGCACUCAGAGAUACAUGGACACUUUUGUGGAGCCGUCUCCAGCUCUGGGGCAUCCGUGGCAGGUGAGCUACCUGCAGGAGCCGGAGCACAGCCUGUCUCUGUGCUCUGACAUAAUGUAG